GAGGAGGUGUUGCUUUGAUCGUUCGCCGACCCGACGCCGCAGCGAGGAAACUAGGGUUUCGAUCCCAAUCCCCUUCUUUCUCCGUUGGUUUGAGAAGAUGGCUGAUGUGGACACCUUCCUCUUCACCUCUGAGUCAGUGAACGAGGGCCACCCUGACAAGCUGUGCGAUCAAAUCUCUGAUGCCGUGCUCGAUGCCUGCUUGGCAGAGGACCCGGACAGCAAGGUUGCAUGUGAGACCUGCACAAAGACCAACAUGGUCAUGGUCUUUGGUGAAAUCACCACCAAAGCCAACGUCGACUAUGAGAAAAUCGUGCGUGACACCUGCCGCGUGAUUGGCUUCAUUUCUGAUGAUGUGGGCCUUGAUGCUGACCGCUGCAAGGUCCUCGUCAACAUCGAGCAGCAGUCCCCUGAAAUUGCACAGGUUGUGCAUGGCCACUUCACCAAGCGCCCUGAGGAGAUCGGAGCCGGUGACCAGGGCCACAUGUUCGGUUAUGCUACUGAUGAGACCCCUGAAUUGAUGCCGCUUAGUCAUGUUCUUGCCACCAAGAUUGGGGCCCGGCUCACUGAGGUCCGCAAGAAUGGGACCUGCCCCUGGCUCCGCCCCGACGGCAAGACCCAGGUGACAGUUGAGUACCGCAAUGAUCAUGGGGCGAUGGUCCCCAUCCGCGUGCACACUGUCCUCAUCUCCACUCAGCAUGAUGAGACUGUAACCAACGAUGAAAUCGCCCGUGACCUUAAAGAGCAUGUCAUCAAGCCGGUCAUCCCUGAGAAGUACCUUGAUGAAAAGACCAUCUUCCACCUGAACCCCUCCGGCCGCUUUGUCAUUGGCGGUCCCCAUGGUGAUGCCGGGCUCACCGGUCGGAAGAUCAUCAUUGACACCUAUGGUGGCUGGGGGGCCCACGGUGGUGGCGCAUUCUCUGGCAAGGACCCCACCAAGGUCGACAGGAGCGGUGCUUACAUUGCCCGGCAAGCAGCCAAGAGCAUUGUGGCCAAUGGGCUGGCCCGCCGUUGCAUCGUCCAGGUGUCAUACGCCAUUGGUGUGCCGGAGCCCCUCUCUGUGUUUGUCGACACCUACGGGACAGGCAAGAUCCCGGAUAAGGAGAUACUGAAGAUCGUGAAGGAGAACUUUGACUUCCGGCCGGGUAUGAUCAUCAUCAACCUCGACCUGAAGAGGGGUGGGAACGGGCGGUUCUUGAAGACCGCUGCCUACGGGCACUUUGGACGGGAUGACCCCGACUUCACCUGGGAGGUGGUGAAGCCCCUCAAGUGGGACAAGCCUUCGACAGCAUAGAAGCCUCAAAAACUAGUCUUAUGGUGAUGAUGACGCGUUCUUUAUCUACAGAUAAUAAGAGCAAUAAUUGUGUGUUGUUUCUGCAUGCUGCUGUUAUCUGAACGUCCGCUCACUGUUGUUGGCAGCUCUUUUUGGUUCUUAUUGUCUCAGCUCUAUUACUCAAAGAAAAAAAAAAAGAAGAAAAUCAUAUUAAAAGUUUAGGGUGUUUAUUGGAAAAAAAAGAGAAUCUGAAUUCUUUUGAUGAACUGAAAUGGGAGAGGAAGUAGGGGGGAUUGAGGGGGUAGCUCUAUGUUAAGGCCUUGCCUUCCUAUGAUUUGAGCACUUUGUACUAAUUAACAGAUCUGAGAUAUUUAUAAUGUACAACCGAAGCAUUAAGUUGGAAGAGAUCACAUAUUCACGACAUUUA